AUGAGGGUACUGGAUGGACCUGGAGGUGGGAGGCGCUGGGAAGUAUCCCCUUUCAUGGCUCUCUUCAAUGCAGCCAUCACCUUUGCCCCAGGCGUGCCAGUCUACUGGACCAACCGAGCUCUCUGUCACAGGAGAAAAUGCGAUUGGCCGAGAGUAGAGCACGACUGCACAAAGGCUUUGGAACUGGACAGAAAUUCCGUCAAGGCGCGCUUUCUUCUUGGCCUUGCUCUGGUGGAGCUGAGUCGAUUCCCCGAGGCGAUUAGAGAGCUGGAGAAGGCACUGGAAGCACUGAGGAAUGAUACACGGCUGGUGCGCAGUGACAACCUGGACGACAUCUGGAGAGUGCUGGCUGCUGCCAAGUACCGCCGGUGGGAGGAAGAGGCCAAGGCGAGGAGAGAGAAGCAACAGGCACUGGGGGAGGAGCUGAAGCUGCUAAUGAAGAAUCGCCUGUGCCAACAAGUAUCGCAGCUUCUUGGCAAAGAGGGCGCGCUGAAUGGAUCGUCUCAUGUGGACUUCUCCAGCCUGGGAAAUAUAGAUGGUCUGGAGCCUCACAAGUCGGAGCAAGUGGGGACGCUAGUACAGCAGUACCAGGAGCGCCUCAACACGCUGGAAAACGUGUUUGACAAGGCGGGGGCUCCUGACAGACCUACCGAGGUGCCGGACUUCCUCUGCUGCAAGAUCACAAUGGACAUCUUCAAGGACCCGGUCAUCACUCCCAGUGGCGUCACAUACGAGCGAGCAGUGUUGGUCGACCAUUUGAAGUCGUUCUCCAUUGUCUCGGUUCUCCUUGGUGUGUUGCACAUCACUCAUCGUGCUGUUGCGGUAUACCUUCCUACUAACUGCCAUUUUUGCUGCAUCCAUUCAUAG